AGCGAGCGAGCGAUCGAGCUGUGGGGUGAGGUGGAUCAGCGACCGAUCCAUCCUUGAAAAGAAGAGAAAGGAGCCAUCCCUUGUUUACUGAUCGCGACCCGGCCUCUCUGCUCAGUCUCUCUCCUCCCUCCAUCAGCAUCACCAUCAGACUCCCUCGCUCUCAAGUCUCUAGUCUCUACUCCAUCGAUCGCCGCCAUCAUCUCCACCCCCUGGCUGCACGAAGGGAAAUGCCUCGUCCGGCCCUUCUACUCGCCACCAUCGCCUAGCUUAGCCACCGCCCGGCCCGCAGCUAGCUUCACCUUCACGGCUCUGCAGCUGCUUUCCCAUCCCAUUCUAUGGCUCGGGCUCUUCUCUCCCGCCUCCUCCUCCUCCUGCUGCUGCUCCGCACCGCCAUCGCGACCACGGUCACCGCCCCUCAAGCUGACGACGACGACGACGCGCACAGCAGCUCGCUAGCCAGCCAGGCCGCCACCCUGCUCUCCAUCAAGGCCGCCUUCGCCCCGCCACUCCCGCCGACGCUGCGCGCAUGGACGCUGGCCAACACCGCCUCGCUCUGCUCCUCCUGGCCGGGCGUCGCCUGCGGCGGGCCCGGCGGCCGCACCGUCGUCUCUCUCGACGUCUCCGGCUUCAACCUCUCCGGCGCGCUCUCCCCGGCCGUCGGCGGCCUCGCGGGCCUCCGCUUCCUCUCCGCCGCGGCCAACUCGCUCUCCGGCGCGCUGCCGCCCGCCGUGGCCUCCCUCCGCGGCCUGCGCCACCUCAACCUCUCCAACAACCAGUUCAACGGCACACUUGUGGGCAUAGACUUCUCCGCGAUGCGGGGCCUCGAGGUGUUCAACCUCUACGAUAACGAUCUCGCCGGCCCACUCCCCGCCGGCCUCUCAGCGCUCCCGAGCCUCCGCCACCUCGACCUCGGCGGCAACUUCUUUUCCGGCACCAUUCCGCCGGCCUUCGGCCGCUUCCCGGCAAUCGAGUUCCUCUCCCUCGCCGGCAACAGCCUCACGGGGGCCAUCCCGCCCGACCUCGGCAACCUCACCACGAUCCGCCACCUCUACCUCGGCUACUUCAACCGCUUCGACGGCGGCAUCCCACCGGAGCUCGGGAGUCUCGCCAGCCUCGUCCACCUCGACCUCGCCAGCUGCGGCCUGCAGGGCCCCAUCCCGGCCUCGCUCGGCGGUCUCACCAGGCUCGACACGCUCUACCUGCAGACGAACCAGCUUAACGGCACCCUCCCGCCGUCGCUCGGCAACCUCACCGGCCUCCGGUUCCUCGACGUCUCCAACAACGCGCUCACGGGGGAGAUCCCUCCCGAGCUCGCCGCGCUCAGGGGCCUCAGGCUGCUCAACAUGUUCAUCAACCGCUUCCGCGGCGGCGUCCCGGAGUUCCUCGCCGGCCUCGAGUCCCUGGAGGUCCUCAAGCUGUGGCAGAACAACUUCACGGGGGCCAUCCCGGCGGCGCUCGGCCGCGCCGCGCCGCUCCGGGAGGUGGACCUCUCGACGAACCGGCUGACGGGGGAGGUGCCGCGGUGGCUGUGCGCGCGUGGGCGGCUGGAGAUCCUCAUCCUCCUCGACAACUUCCUCUUCGGACCCGUGCCGGAGAGGCUCGGCGCCUGCCCGACGCUCACGCGGGUGCGGCUGGGCCAGAACUACCUGACCGGCCCGCUCCCGCGGGGCUUCCUCUACCUGCCAGCGCUGACCACCGUGGAGCUGCAGGGCAACUACCUGACCGGGCCGGCGCUGGAGGAGGACGACGCCGGCGUCCCCGCCAGGCUGUCCCUGCUCAACCUGUCCGGCAACCGCCUCAACGGGUCGCUCCCGGCGUCCAUCGGCAACUUCUCCGCGCUGCAGACGCUGCUCCUCGGCGGCAACCAGCUGCGCGGCGAGAUCCCGCGUCAGGUCGGGCGGCUGAGGCGGCUGCUGAAGCUGGACCUGAGCGGCAACAACCUGACCGGCGAGGUGCCCGGCGAGGUCGGGGAUUGCGCGUCGCUGACGUACCUGGACCUGAGCGGCAACCGGCUCUCCGGCGCGAUCCCCGGGCGGCUGGCGCGGAUCAGGAUCCUCAACUACCUGAACGUGUCGUGGAACGCGCUCAGCGGCGGCAUCCCGCGGGAGCUGGGCGCCAUGAAGAGCCUGACCGCCGCCGACUUCUCGCACAACGACCUGUCCGGGCGCGUGCCGGACAACGGCCAGUUCGCCUACUUCAACGCGUCGUCGUUCGAGGGGAACCCGCGGCUGGUGAUGGGCGCGCCGCGGCAGUGGGCGGGCGCUAGCGCCGGCGGCGGGAUGGAGCAGCAGCAGCAGAAGGCCUCGUCGUCCUCGUUGGUGGGGCGGCUGAAGCUGUUCGCGGCGCUGGGGCUGCUGGGCUGCUCCGUGGCGUUCGCGGCGGCGGCCGUUGCGACGACGCGGUCCGCCAUGCUGCGGCGGCGGCGGCACGGGCGGUCGCCGUCGUCGAGCCGGUGGCGGAUGACGGCGUUCCAGAAGGUGUCGUUCGGGUGCGAGGACGUGGUGCGGUGCGUGAAGGAGAACCACGUGGUGGGGCGGGGCGGCGCCGGGGUGGUGUACCGCGGCGCGAUGCCCGGCGGGGAGGUCGUGGCCGUGAAGCGGAUCGUGGCAGCCGGCGGCGGCGGGUUCCAGGCGGAGGUGGAGACGCUGGGGCGGAUCCGGCACCGGCACAUCGUGCGGCUGCUGGCCUUCUGCAGCAGCAGCAGCAGCUCCUCCUCGUCGCCGGGGGAGGCAGAUCAGGCGGCGCGGCUGCUGGUGUACGAGUACAUGGUGAACGGCAGCCUCGGGGAGAUGCUGCACGGGCCCGACGGCGGGUCGCUGUCGUGGGCGGCGCGGCUGCGCGUGGCGACGGAGGCGGCCAGGGGGCUGUGCUACCUCCACCACGACUGCUCGCCGGCGAUCCUCCACCGCGACGUCAAGUCCAACAACAUCCUGCUGGACGCGCGCAUGGAGGCCCACGUCGCCGACUUCGGGCUCGCCAAGUUCCUCCGCGGCAACGGCGCCUCCGAGUGCAUGUCCGCCGUCGCCGGCUCCUACGGCUACAUCGCGCCAGAGUACGCGUACACGCUGAAGGUGGACGAGAAGAGCGACGUGUACAGCUUCGGCGUGGUGCUGCUGGAGCUGCUGACGGGUCUGAGGCCGGUGGGGGAGCACCUCGGCGGGGACGGGGCGGUGGACCUGGUGCAGUGGGCGCGCGCCCGCAGCUCCGCCGGAGGCGGGGUGGUGGCGCUGCUGGACCCGCGGCUGGGCGGCGACGUCCCCGUGGGGGAGGCGGCGCAGGUGCUGUUCGUCUCCAUGCUCUGCGUGCAGGAGCACAGCGUCGAGCGCCCCACCAUGCGCGAGGUCGUCCAGAUGCUCCAGCAGGCCAAGCACCACCCGCCGCCGCUGCCGACGCCGCCGCCCGCAGCAGCUCGUCCAGACGACGCCUGCUGACAGCUGACAGCAUAUGGAUGGAGGCAUCGCCGUCAUAUAUACUAUGCAUGCCGGCUGGCCGGCCCAGAGCCACGCACAACCUGACAUAUGUCUGUACUGCGGCCAUGGCUGCGCCCUGGGGUACAUUUCUGCUCUCUACUGCUCGGAUGGAGGGGAUCGAGGAGCUCGCGUUGGCAUCGCGGCCAUGUCGCGCGGCCGGCGGAAGGGCAGCAGGCCAUUGGAACAUACUGUACUGUGCAAGGCCUAUACUCCAUAUAUAGCGUAUUGUCUUUGUCCGCGCUACCACUGGUCCUAGAUGUAGAUAGCAGGUAGUAGUUGCUGCUCAUGCUGCCGGCACGGUCGCCGGUCGCCUUGUCGGCACUGGCGCGCUGAGCUGAGCGACGGCGACGCAUGCUGAAAUGCAUGCCGCCGAAGGACAGCAGCAGGGGUACGUCGUGUCUCUGUCCUUGUACAGGGAUUCGGAGGCGGUGGAGAUUGUUCCAUCCAUCUCUCCGUCCGUCGUCGGCGUGCAUAUCUCGGGCAUGCAUGCCAUGCACGCCGCAAUGUCCCUGUCAACGAGAAGCAGCGCCGUUGUCUCCCUUUUGUUUUCUUUGAGUAUGGCGCCCCCCUGCUCUUGUCUCGGCCUGUUUGACUGUUUCGGUGUCAAAACCGUUGAAACCCCAUUUGCGGCAGCCGGCAGCACUGAGUUGGAGGCGCUCCUUGA